UCAGGGCUGAAGCUGGGUCCGGGGUUCUGGCUAAAGGACAGAGGUCUGAGAGCUUCUUGCCUCUGGUCUCCUCCCAGUUCUCCAAGCCACUGAGGGCCAGGCAGGAAGCAUCGGUUUCCUCAAAGCCACUUCCCUACUGGGACAGAGUCUCAGUCACAAACAACUACCAACACCCUACCCCGCCCCUCCUUCCCUCACUGCUGUGAACUCAGAGCAGCAGGACAAAGUGCCUGGGACAAGGACAGAGGACUGAAGCAGCCAUGGGCCCUGAAGGAGGGGGCCUCCUUGGGGCCAGGUGGCCCCUGCCUCUCCUGCUUCUGUUUGCCAUGGGAAGCAUGGCUCAGGAGUCCCCACCCCAGAUCUUAGUUCACCCCCAGGAUCAGCUGCUCCAGGGCUCCGGCUCAGCCAAGAUGAGCUGCAAAGCAUCAGGCCAGCCACCCCCCACCAUCCGCUGGCUGCUGAAUGGGCAGCCCCUAAACAUAGAUGUAGACCUAUACCACCUCUUCUCCGAUGGAACCCUCCUCCUGCUGCGGCCCCCCACGCAGGGAAAAGCCCAUGAUGACCAGGUCCUGUCCAAAAUUCUCGGCAUCUAUACCUGUGAGGCCAGCAACCAGAUGGGCACAGCAGUCAGUAGGGGUGCUCGUCUGUCUGUGGCUGUCCUCCGGGAGGAUUUCCAAAUCCAGCCCCAAGACACAGUGGCCAUGGUGGGUGAGCAGGUGAUUCUGGAGUGUGGGCCUCCCUGGGGCUACCCAGAACCCACAGUCUCAUGGUGGAAAGAUGGGAAACCCCUGGACCUCCAACAAGGGCGGCUCAUGGUUUCCAGUGGUUCCUUGCUGGUGUCAAGAGCAGAGAUGAGUGACACAGGGAUCUAUAUGUGUGCAGCCAACAACGUUGCAGGACAACGGGAAAGUCGAGCAGCCAGGGUAUAUAUACAGGAGUCCCAAGACCACAAGGAGCCUCUGGAGCUUCUGGCUGUGCAAAUUCAGCUAGAAAAUGUGACCCUGCUGAACCCAGACCCCAAGAAGGGCCCCAAGGCUGGGCCAGCUGUGUGGCUCAGCUGGAAGGUAAGUGGCCCUGCUGCACCUGCUCAGUCCUACACAGCCUUGUUCAGGGCCCAGACAGCCCAGGGAGGCCAGAGAGCUCCAUGGACAGAGGUGCUGCUGGAUGGCUGGCAGAGUGCAGAGCUCAGGGGACUCCACUGGGGCCAAGGCUACGAGUUCAAAGUGAGACCAUCCUCUGGCCGGGCUCGAGGCCCUGACAGCAAUGUGUUGCUCCUCAAGUUGCCAGAACAAGUACCCAGUGCGCCACCCCAGGAAGUGACCCUAAAACAUGACAACAGCAGCAUCCUUGUGAGCUGGGUCCCACCACCUGCUGAAAACCACAAUGGCAUCAUCCGUGGCUACCAGGUCUGGAGCCUAGGCAAUGCCUCAUCGCCUCCAGUCAACUGCACCGUCGUGGGUGUGCAGACCCAGCUGGAGAUCGGCAUCCGAAUGUCAGGCUCCUACUGUGUGCAAGUGGCUGCAGUCACUGGGGCUGGGGCUGGCGAACCCAGUAGCCCUGUCUGCCUCCUUUUAGCCCCACCCUCUUGUCUGCCAGACUCUCACUGCCUCACCUGCACUCCCCUGAGCUCCACAUUCUAUACAGAGCAGGCCAUGGAGCGAUCAGCCCGAGAACUCAGUGAGCUCGGUCCCUGGACUCUAGAGCGACUGAGGGCCACCUUGAAGAGACCAGAGGUCAUCGCCAGUGGAGGUGUCCUGCUCUGGCUAUUGCUACUGGGCAUUGCUGUGUGUAUCUACCGCCGGCGCCAAGCCAGGGUGCACAUGGGCCCAGGUCUGUACAGAUACACCAGUGAGGACGCCAUCCUAAAACACAGGAUGGACCACAGUGACUCGCCCUGGCUGGCAGACACUUGGCGAUCCACCUCUGGCUCUCGGGACCUCAGCAGCAGCAGCAGCCUCAGCAGCCGGCUGGGAGUGGACCCCCGGGACCCACUAGACUGCCGGCGCUCCUUGAUCUCCUGGGACCCCCGAAGCCCCGGAGUGCCCCUGCUUCCAGACACCAGCACUUUUUAUGGCUCCCUCAUCGCUGAGCUGCCCUCCAGCCCCCCAGCCCGGCCAAGCCCCCAGACCCCAGUUGCCAGGUGCCUCCCUCCCCAGUUGGUCCGGACCUCCAGCCCCUGGCCCAGCUCAGAUAGUCUCUGCAGCCUCAGGGGCCUGGCCUCUCCUCGAGUGUCUCUGACCCCUGCAGAGGCUUGGAAGGCCAAGAAGAAGCAAGAACUGCACCAAGCCAACAGCUCUCCCCUGCUCCGGGGCAGCCACUCCUUGGAGCUCUGGGGCUGGGAAUUAGGACACAGAGGCUCCAAGAACCUUUCCCAAAGCCCAGGCCCAGGCUCCUGUUCCCCAGGAGCAGUGCCCGGGGCUCUGGUGGCCUGGCGGGCCCUGGGACCACAGCUCCUCCAAAACUCCAAUGUGCUAGCAACUCGCCCUCUCCCACCAGUCCCUCUCUCUCCUGGAAGAACCCUCACUCAGAGUCCACAGACACACCCCUCCAGGGCCCCCAGCCCCCAGACCUCGUCCCUCUCUGGUCCCAGCGCAGCUUCCAGCCGCCUGUCUAGCUCUUCACUGUCAUCCCUGGGGGAAGAUCAGGACAGUGUGCUGACCCCUGAGGAGGUUGCCCUGUGCCUGGAACUCAGUGAGGGUGAGGAGACCCCCAGGAACAGCAUCUCUCCUAUGCCCAGGGCGCCUUCGCCCCCUACAACUUAUGGGUACAUCAGCAUCCCGACAGCCUCAGAGCUGGCAGACAUGGGCAGGGCUGAAGGAGGGGUGGCAUCUGAAGUGGGGGGCUUGUUGUGCCCACCUCGACCCUGCCCCACCCCCACCCCCAGCGAGGGCUCCCUGGCCAAUGGUUGGGGCUCAGCCUCUGAGGACAAUGCCCCCAGUGCCAGAGCCAGCCUGGUCAGCUCUUCUGAUGGCUCUUUCCUCGCGGAUGCCCACUUUGCCCGUGCCCUGGCUGUAGCUGUGGAUAGCUUUGGCUUGGGUCUGGAGCCCCGGGAGGCCGACUUCGUGUUCACUGAUGCCUCAUCACCUCCCUCCCCACGGGAUGACCUCUUCCUGACACCCACCCUUUCCCUGCCCCUAUGGGAGUGGAGGCCAGACUGGUUGGAGGACAUAGAGAUCAAUCACACCCAGCAGCCAGGAAGGGGGCUGCCUCCUUGGACCCCUGACUCUGGGAUCUCUUUCCAGCGAAGUCGGCUCAGCUGUCCUGUGACCAAGGCUGGGGAUUCCUCCUGAGCUGAGUCCCUGAGAUAGCCAGAAGGACAUCAGGGUCCCCCUUCCUGUCUGCUCACAGGCCUGGCCUGUGGCCUAUGCUUCUCUGCCUCCAGGAGAGUUCUCCCACCAAGACUGCUAAAGAAAGAAAGAAAAGAAAAGAGCAAGCAAAGCAGACCUGGAGCCUUCUGAAAACAAAACAUCACCUCUACCCAACCCCAGGAUUCUCUCUCCUCAUAGCCACUCCCACAGCCUGGGCCUUUGGCCUAAGGAGUUCUGUCUCCUGCUCUCCCCACCCUCAAGGAUCAUGGGAAUUAAGGAGCCAGAGAGAUCUCGACAGAGGACAGAAGCGGCUGGUCAGAGAGGGCUGUGGAAGAAGAGAGCCUCCUCUUUCAGCCCUACCUGGCCUCCCUCUCUAGGGGCCAAUGCAACCCUCUCCCCAGGCCCAUCAUGUAAAGAAAAUAAAGAGGAGAGCUGGGAUUUAGCUCAGUGGUUCUGGUACCUGCCUCAAAAGUGCAAGGUCCUGAGUUUGAUCCCCAGUACCAAAAAACAAACAAAAUAAAGAAAAGAAAGAGGAGUCACUGAGGCGCUACCUAGUGCCAAGGCCAAGAGCUCAAGGCUGGGUCUAGGGAGGAAGCUGAAGAAAGAGAGGUGUGAAAAUGUGAGACAACAGUACCCUCUUCAUCCUGUUAUCACUUUGAGCUUCUCGAAUUCGAUGCUAUAAAACUACAAAGAUGAGCUUUGUGAGAUCAUUUCCUGGGGCAUCAUUUUGGGGAAAGUACCUGGAUGGCAAGAGAUACCUGUUAGGAAGGGAUCAAGCAUUCAUUGACAUUUGGAGAGUCCCCCUCUUUUCUGCUCCUCAGUUGCAGAGGGCAUGAGAUGCAUCCACAAGAUUUUAAGCAGAAUCUACUAAAGGAAGUGGUGGAAGAGUUUCAGGGCCUGCUGACCCUGGGAACUUAUUCUGAGAAGACAAUGCUUCUUUCUGCAGUCCUAGACCCUCUCCUCAAAGACAAGUCCCAGACAGUUUCUUAAAAAUAGACAAAGCUAAAUUCCAAAAAGGUAGAACCAUGAUGGCUGGCUAGUGAAUACUCUUUCAAUAAACACAGGAGCAGAGA